UAUCUUCUUCAUUGCUUUUGGCUUCUCACCUUUUCGCCUUUCCCCAGUUUCCAAUUGCAUACCCAAUUGAAUUAUCAUUGAGUUAAAGUUCACUAAAUCAUCACUUCCUUCCCUAUAAAUUCUAAAUUGUUGUUACAAGAAUUCUAAUCCUUCCAUUCCUCAGUUUUCUGGUGUUCUUCUUCGCCUUCUCUCUGUCCCAGUUUGUUGGUUUCAGAUCUCAGUGUUAGCUCUAGGGUUAUCUGCUAGCAGCAAUUCGAUAUCAUAUUAUUAGUUCAAUUUCAAUUCGGAACCUUUUCCGUAGAUUUUUAUAAAGUGAGUCUUUCCCAGAUUCCUAAGGAGUAUUGCUUGCCCACAAGAAGUAUUCUGAUUCCUCUAAAAUGCUUUCCGAUUUAUCCUUUAUAUUUUCCAGUAAAAAUUUUUAAAAAAAUUCAACCUCUUAGCAUUUCUUUUCUGCUUCUCCUCAGUCUUCCUCUGUAUCUCCUCUGUUUUUCAGAACUUGUUUCUAUGCCUCUAUAGUUUGUGUUUUAAAUUCGAGGUGAUGAAGUGGGAAACGGGAAUCUUCUCACCUGGACAAUACAUAACCAAUUCCAACUCCAGCUGGAUUGUUGAAGAUAAUCGGAAUACCAAAUGGACUCGUGCUGAGAACAAAAUAUUCGAGAAUGCUCUUGCGGUUUACGACAAGGAUACACCAGAUCGGUGGCAGAAAGUGGCUGCAAUGAUCCCAGGGAAGACGGUCGGUGACGUGAUUAAGCAGUACCAGCAACUUGAAGAUGAUGUUGGUAACAUAGAAGCUGGUCUGGUCUCAGUUCCUGACUAUUACGCCUCUGCUCCUUCCUCACCUUUCACCUUGGACAGUUGGGCCAACUUUUCUCCGGGUUAUGAUCCCUCGCACGGAUUCCAUGGAAAGAGACCCUCCUCUGGAAGACCCACUGAGAAUGAAAGGAAGAAAGGAGUCCCUUGGACUGAAGAAGAGCACAAACUGUUUCUUCUGGGCCUGAAGAAGCAUGGGAAAGGAGAUUGGAGGAACAUAUCAAGGAACUUUGUACUGACUCGAACACCGACUCAAGUAGCUAGCCAUGCUCAGAAAUACUUCAUAAGGCAACUCUCAGGAGGGAAAGACAAGAGAAGAGCAAGCAUCCAUGACAUAACCACUGUGAACCUCACGGAUACCUCAAUCACACCUUCUCAUUCACGAGACACCAACAAGAAGAAGUCCUCCUCCUCCCCUCCUCCAGAGAACCCCAUGAACAUGAUGUUGUCUCACUCAUCUCAGCAGCAGAAUUCUGCAGUUCCCAGAACCCGGUUUCAGUGGACCCAACAGCCAAUGCCUGCUCUGAGCGAUCCUGCACUUGAUAAACUGUUCAUGGCUGAUUCUUAUGGGUUUGGUGAUGACUUAUCAUCCUUUGGGUUUAGAAUGCAGGGCCAGAAUCUGCACACAAGUUCUCUUCUUCAUCAUGAAUCUUCUUCCUACUUAGGGCCUCUCAGUCAAAACAUGGUUUUCCAGAUGCCAUGAGAGAGUGUUUUACUAUCGUACUGUUAAUGAUUAUUAUUGAUGGCUAGACUGGAAGUAGUAUGUUCCUGAUUUGCUGAGUCGACUAGUAUAGUGAUUCUGUGCGUGGUGCUUUCCACUGUAGUUUCCAUGUGAAUAUCUUAAAUUAGCAUUUUGAAAUUCAUGGUUCAUGGACCUGAAAAAGGCACAGAUAAUUUGGUUUUUCUUGUUUUAAUAAAUCCCCCCCUACUUGGGUUUUCUUCCUUGUCA